AUGAAGUUGGGCUAUACGGUAUACAGCAUCGCGGCCUUCGCCAGCCUGGUCUCAGCCGCCGAGGCCGAAGAAGCCCACGGCCGGAGCCCGACCUCUGUCGAGCAGCCCGGCAGGUUCACAACCUUUGCCGCCGGCCACGGCCACAUCCACACGGCUGCCCCGUCCGCUCCAGGCGACGGCGAACAAUGGCACGAGCAGCCGCAGCUCCCCGGCUCCGAGACCUGGUUGCCCAGCAGCGGUCCCUGGCAAAACCCCGUCAAGCAGAGCAGCGAUAUCUCGGUUCCCACGCAGCCGCAGAUCCCACCACCACCCGUCACGUCCCCGGCCGCCACUGCCAGUGAGCACCACCAUGAGCACCACCCGCCCCCAUCACAAGCACCCGCUGCCCCUUCCCCGCCCCAAAGCAGCCAUGUCGCCCCUCCCCCGCCUGCUGGUCCGGCCCCUGAACCGAUCACGCAAACCCACCACCACGUACCGGCGGCGCCCAACACCUCGUACGCGGGGGGCCCGACCCACGAGGUCUCCAUCCCGGCCGUCGUGAUCCCCACGCACAGUGCCGGCCACGGGCAGGAGCACGAUCACGGUCACGGCCAGGAGCAUGGCCAGGAGCACGAACACGGCCAAAGCCACAGCCAGGCGCCGGAGACGCGUGUCCAGAUGCCGACGGCGCCGCUGGAGACCAUGCCGAGCUUCACGCCGGGGCCUGGCAUGAACCACACCACCACGGCCGCCGCCGCCCCGGACGCGCGCCCCUCCAGCCACCAGCACCACGACGAGCCCACCAGCCGCCCCGCUGAGAGCUCCGCCACCCACCGGCCCAUCGAGCCGACCCGGUCGCGCCACGACGUCCAGGCCACCCAGUCCUCGGUGGCCAGCAGCGCGGCCGCCGCCGUCGGGGGCCCGAGGGGCGGGGCUGUCGUGAGCUGUGGGUUGGCGGUGGUGCUGGGUGGUGUCGCUGCGGCGGCCGCUGCUCUGCUUUAG